AUGGCAAGCUUGUCCAAACGCCUCGAUGGCCUUUCGGGUCAAUCGGGGAAGUCGGGUAUUGAACGCAUGCAGACCUCGAAUCGCAAUAACAAUGGGAAGAGCGCCGAAAGGAAGAGCGGUCUCUCGUCGGCGCCGCUGGCCAUUGGGGGUGGGGGCGCCCUGAAAGCUCUCAAUCAAUCGCCACAGAUAACGCCGCUCAACGGCUCCAUGUCCUUCUCUAUCCCAGUCCCGACCUCUGCCUCGCGCUCCGCUGCCGCCACGCCGAGUCUGGCACUGUCGUACAGUUCAGGUCAAGGCAAUGGCCCCUUUGGCCUCGGAUGGAAUGUGCAAGUGUCAGAAAUCAGUCGCAAGACUGCCAAUACAAUCCCGCGAUAUGCAGAAUCUGAUACUUUUGUACUCUCUGGCUACGAUGACCUCGUGCCUACAGAGAGUAAGUAUGAGCAGCCGCCCGCGUCUAGUGAUUGGACGGUUCGGAGAUUCAGGCCGCGAAUAGAUCCGCAGAAUCUCAGAAUCGAGCAAUGGAGUAAUAAGACGAAGAAGUCAGAUGUGUAUUGGCGUACAAUCACAGGGGACAAUACUACGACGGUGUAUGGAGACUCUGCCUUCUCUAGAGUGGCCAGUAAAGCUAUGGACGGAGACCUGACACCGCCAAAAACAUUUUCAUGGCUGUGCAGCAAAGUCUAUGAUGCCACAGGCAACUGCAUGGAAUUCACAUACAAACCUGAAGACGGUGCCGGGCUUGAGGACCCUAACAACAAGAUGUCCAAGGCGCAACGAGACAGAGCUUCAGCUUAUGGGUCGAAGUUGUACCUGAAGUCCAUCAAGUACGGUAACAGAGCCGUAAAUCGAGAUCUGAAAACAUGGAAAGUAUCAACCGAGCCAAUGCAAUACCUCUUUCAGGUAAUCCUUGAUUACGGUGAGCAUGACCAGGACAACCCCAAAACUACCGAUUCAAAGCCUUGGUCGUUGAGAGGAGAUUGCUUCUCGCGUUUCAAUAGUGGCUUUGAGCUACGAACACAGCGCUUGUGCCGACGACUGCUCAAUUUCCACCUCAUGCCCGAAUCAGACACACUUGGACGAGCAGAGAGUCUCGUCUCCUCCGUCUCGUUGGGGUAUCAAGAGUCAAAGCAUGCCACGAAGCUCAUGUCUGUGAGAAUUGAAGGACACACUGUGACAGAUGGUGGCCACGAACGUUUGGCUAUGCCUCCAUAUCAAUUCACUUACCAAGAAACCCCGCUGACGAAGACUUUGGAGACAAUGACCGUGAAUGUUGCCAAGAUUAACAAUCUGCCCGGCGAGCGCCCAAGUGAAAAGGUCGAUUGGGUAGACUUUGACGGAGAGGGUAGUCCUGGUUUGUUAAGCAUGUCAAAUUCAUAUGGCUGGCAAUAUCAACGAAAUGAAAAUGCAUUAUCAGGAGAUGCUCGUGGCGGUUCCUUUUCAAGACCCCAAGUUAUCAACCCUAGACCCAACACUGGCACAGAUUGGGUACUGCAAGACCUUGACGGAACUGGAAAGCUGGACCUUACCUCCCUACAAGAACCAGGAUAUUACGAGAGGGGAGCGUCAAAUGACUGGGGUCACUUUCAAAACUACCCCUCGUGGCCUGUUGUCAACACAGCAGACGAUUUUGCUUUCAGAAUGGACGUCACAGGCGACAGCCUUCUUGACAUUGUUCACCUAGAUGUCACCAACAGUCAAGUCAUCUGGCUUCCAUCCUUAGGAAAGAAGGGAUUUGGACCUCCUCAGCGAGCGACAGGGGCUUUCGGCAUCGCUUUGCUGGGCGAGAAAGACACUUCAAAUAUGAUCACCACCGCAGAUAUGACUGGUGAUGGGUUAUCCGACAUAGUCUCUAUCUCCAAUGGGUUGAUCUCCUAUUGGCCAAAUCUUGGGUACGGUCGGUUCGGGGACGAGAUCGUUAUGAUGAAUUCGCCCGUAUUCGAUCUCGCUGAUCGGUUCACCACGGAGCGCAUGCGACUUGCUGAUGUAGAUGGCUCUGGUACUUGCGAUAUCAUAUACUUUCCUCAAAGGGGAGGCGCGAUCUGGUAUGCUAAUCAGUCGGGUAAUGACUGGGCCGGCGGGCAAGCAAUAGCCAACUUUCCCUUUCUCCAAUCCUUAGACUCUGUGUCUGUAGUGGAUCUACUGGGUAACGGGACUUCCUGUCUUGUUUGGUGUGGCAGUGGCCAGACUACUGGAAGGCCGACCUUUCAUUUCGUUGACUUGACCAAAGGACUCAAGCCUCACUUACUUUCCACGAUUACGAAUGGCUUCGGUCUCAAGACAACCGUUCAGUACAAGCCAUCAACUUCGUACUACCUAAAUGACAAUUUGAAAGGCAACAAAUGGAAAAGAUCACUCCCGUUUCCCAUUCAGUGUGUGGAAAGAAUUACGAUUAUAGACGAGAUCACUUCAACCUCAAGACAGACGCGAUACGAAUACCAUGACGGGUAUUACGACAUGUCCGAGCGCGAAUUCUGUGGUUUCGGUGCGGUAGAGACCUGGAUACGAGAUUCGUUCCCAGCCAUCUCGUCGCGCAAAGCCUUUUCAACGCCUGAAAAACACUCCAAGACGUGGUUUUACACCAAUUCUGAUUCUCCUCAAGCACUUCUUGGGACCGCCUUCAAGCGUCAGCACCAAGCGUCCUGUCAUAUACCAAAAGAUCUAGAUGGCAAUGACGCCCCAUCGGCCAGCAGAGCUUUGAACGGGAGCAUACUUCGUGAAGAGAUCUAUGGACAUGAUACGACACAGCAGACGCCCAUACCUUUGACCGUACAUGAAUUUGGCUAUACGUCGCGAAAGUUGCAAUCGGGCGACAAAUCACCAGCAGUGUUCGCAUCAGCGCCUAGAGAGACCGUAAACUUCUACUACGAAGGACAGUCGGAUAUUCCACCACGCAUUGAACAUAGUAUCUCGCCGCUGUACAAUGAGUAUGGAGAUCCGAUACUGUCCGUCACGAUAGCAUAUGGGCGGAUUCCAACAGCCACGGAUACUUCUCAGGUGGCUCUUAGCCAACAGGCCAGCAUUGUACGAUGUCAGGAGAUACAUUACACGAACUCAGUUGAUGAUCUUGAUAACCUACGCACGCCCCUUGUGUGCUCAUCUAGAUCUUACCACCUGUCAGAUUCGCCCAAAGACUUUGUGGCAGCCGAGCAGAUCGUAUCGGAUUUAGUUGUCCAUCGCAAAGCUGUGAAAUUGACGAACUUGGGGAAAGCUUCUGACCAUCCAGCCAGCUCAACUUUGAUCGCCGAGUCUCGUGUGUUUUUCAAAGACAAUGAGCUGAAAACAGUCCCUACAAUUGGUAGAUUGGAAGCUUUCUCGAUAGUCGAUCGCAGCUACGAUUUAGCGCUGGAUCAGAAUUCUCUCAAAACCAUUGUGCCAAGCGAAGACACCGAAUUCGACAGAAAGUUGCGCUUGGAAGUACUCCCCAAAUCUGGUUAUAUUAAUCUAGACUCUGAUGACCGCUGGUGGGUCAUGUCGAGCACGAUAUCGUACUCGACAUCCUCAGGACAGGCAGAUGAGCUGGCGCUCGCACGAGCAUCAUUCUAUCGCCCCAUCCGCACUCUCGACGCUAUGAACAGUGUUUCUACUACCAAAUGGGAUACUUACUGGCUGCUUCCCACUGAGAUUACAGAUGCCGUCAAGAACUCAUCGAAGACUCUUUACGACUACAAUCGCCUGCUACCGAGACAAAUUGAGAAUGCAAACGGAAACCGGCGCCAGACGAUAUAUGAUUGUCUGGGUGAGCCUAUCGCCUUCGCCGUAUUGGGGAAGAGUAGUGAGCAAGUAGGUGAUAGUCUCGUAGGAUACAGUAGACCUAUCACGGAUAUACUUGGUCUCUUGCAAGCUGGUAAUCUUGAUGGUCUUCGCGCGUUCAUUCGUGACGCAGGUAGUAUUACGGUGGUCGAUCGGAAGCGUUUCGCCCAGACAUCGCAAGCGACUAGCGGCAACGUCACUCCUGCCUUCAAGGUAGAUAUCUCAAGAGAUAAGCAUUUUCGCAAUGGGGAGGCGCAACUUUCUGUAGCUGUGACAUAUCUAGAUGGCUCUGGAGCUCCUUAUCAAGCAACAUCCAUUUCUAGAACGUUCAGUGGUGGUGUCUCAUGGCAUAAUGUCAUCUUUCCUAUCUGUGAUCUCAGCGGAGUGCCAACCAUGGACUUUGCGCCAUUUUUUGGCAAUUCUUGUGCUUUCAUACCACCAACAAAGAUCGCUGGCGCCAUCACCCAUUACCUGACUGAUACACUCCAAAGACAAAUUGGUAUAUUCCAUCCAGAUCAUACUUGGUCCCUCACUCGAUCCCUCCCUUGGGAGGUACAGACUCGCUCGGAAAGCCGCACUCUCAAGAUUGACCCGAAGCAAGACGCAACUGUUGGCCCUUACAUCCGACUCCUACCUGAACAAUCCUACUCUCCCUCCUGGUUUGAAGAGAAAAUGAAAAAUGAAAACACUAAAGUGGCAGCCCAGAGGUCCUCUGACUAUGGCGACAAGCCAAUCACUACCUAUUCGGAUGCUAUUGGAAGACCAAUAGCCACUUCUCAAAAGCUAGGCAGCCAGGAGCUUGUCUCAACCGUCAAAUAUGAUCGCGCGGGCAACCUUCGAUCCAAAUCCGAUGCACGACAGCGGCUUGCAGAAGUCAAUGAGUAUGACUACAAUGGACAAUGCGUGCUUACAAAAUCAAUGGACUCGGGCGAAAAGUGCCAGCUCGUCAAUUUCCGGGGGCAGCCAAUUUUUGCCUGGACUAAUCGCAAAACUCGGUUUCGAUACGAGUACGAUGAGAUUGGUAGGUUGACUAAGGUCUUUCAGAGGAAUUUGGGUCCCGAAAUCCUCGCCGUGAAGAACCUUUACGGCGAAGGAGAGACGAAUGCGUCGGCGCGUAACCUAUGGGGUCAGUUGGUCACCAGUCUGGACCAGGCUGGAGUGCAGAAGUAUCUUGAAUUCGACUUCAAGUCCAAUUGCACACAAAUAUCCUUCGAAGUCGCGUCAGACUAUCGCAACACCCUCGACUGGUCUGUCCAGAAUGAACUUCUUCCCGAAGUGUACAAGAACGCAAUCGAGUACGAUGCCCACGAUCGAGUCCGUUCAGAAACUGACUCCCAGGAUAACACAUCUUACAGAGAGUACAAUCGCAUGAGUCAAGAAAUAUCUGCCGGAUGGAAAAGCCCUAAUUCUCAGCCGAAGGAUUAUAUCUCCCAAAUUGUAUAUACACAAUUUGGUGAUACUAGUACCUUCAAAUAUGGCAACGGCUGCAUUGCCGACUUCUCUCACGAUAGAGUCACUGGGAAUCUCAUGCAACGUAAAUUCGCGUCAGGCGCAGUAGUACUUCAAGACACCGGCUUUCAAUACGAUUGCGAAGGCCGCAAGGUGCAAGUAGAGAACAAAGCAGCAGAAUUACAGUAUCUUACAGGCAAGGUUGUCAAGCCAAUCUCAGAAUACACAUAUGAUCCACUUGGGCGCCUGAUACGAGCUACUGGCCGUGAAUGGGUAGAUACCCAAGCAAAAGCUACACGCAGCCCUUCGACACAACCGAAGGUACUAAAAGCACCUGUUGAAGGUAGCCAACUACGAAAUUACCAAGAGAUCUAUGACUACGAUGAUGCAGAUAAUCUUGCUUUACUCAAUCAUGAAAUCCAAAACGACCCAGCAAUCCCAGGAUGGCAAAAGAAGCAGAUUUAUGAAGAGAAAAGCAUUUUGGAUGCCGCAACACCAAGUAAUCGCCUAUCACGCAUAGAAAUUGCUGGACUCACCGAAACGUAUACUUACGAAGGGAUCUCCGGCGAACAAGGCUGCGUGACCAAAGUCGGGCCCACAACUCUAACAUGGGAUGUGAACGGCCUCUUACGCAGCACCACCCAACAAGCCAUUCGAGACAGCAUUCCAGAGACAACAUGGUACGUCUACAACAGCAGCGGCAAUCGAAUCCGCAAAACCACCGCCCGCCCUUCUACAGACCCUUCCAAACCACAAGUGAUGCGGGACACACUCUUCCUGGGCAACCUCGAGAUCCAACGCAGCUUUACCCCCUCUCCCUCUCCAUCCUCACCCCUCCAACUCGAGCGCGAGAAACACAAACACACCCUCUCAGCAGCCGGCGCCGUCGUACUGCUCGAAACCAGCAAAACCCCCGCAUCCUCCCCGCCUUUAGCGCGAUAUCAAUUCCCCGGCGGCCUCGAAACAGACGACACCGGUAAAAUCCUCUCAUACGAAGAAUACUCCCCCUUCGGCAUCUCCACAUUCCUAGCCACCACCACCACCACCGCCGAGACUGACAUUCCCUCAAACCACCGCUUCGCCUCCUACGACCGCGACGCCGAAACCGGCCUCUCCCACUGCGGUCUGAGGUACUACUCCCCGUCCCUCUCACGCUUCCUGUCCCCCGACCCACUCGGUUCCAUCGACAGCACGAACCUGUACCUCUACUGCGGCGCGGACCCGAUCAAUUUUCGUGACCCUUCCGGCACCGUGGGGGAAGAAGUAGAAACGCUGGCGCCGCAGCCCGUAAAGCCCGGCAGCAGUAUUGGCACUUUCUUUUCUAAACUUUUUAAGCGUGGGAAUGCGGUCAAGCCCGACAAAGCCGCGAAGGUGCCGGUGCCGUACGACGGGCGCGACCCAGACGUGCAAAUGCAUUACACGACGGGCUGGGGCGGGAUUAAGGAGGUGAAUUAUCGAAAACGGCCGCCGCCGUCGCUGCCGUACGACCACAGUGCGCACCAAGCAUCGUUGACGGCUUUUGACACGACACCGCCGACGGCGCCGGGCGUCCUUUACGGCCCACAAACCCAAUCCCCUACAUACAAAACUCUCAAGCGCGGGAACGCGAUCAGAGAUGCGAAAUUGCCGGAAACGGCGCCCCCGACGUAUAGUGGUAGAGACCCUGAUGUGCAGAUGCAUUACACGAUAGGCUGGGGCGGGAUUAAGGAGGUGAAUUAUCGCAAACGCCCGCCGCCGGUGCAGGAGUAUGAUCAUGCUAAGCAUCAGGCAUCUUUGAUGGCGUUGCCGACGACGGCGCCGAGCUAUCCCGAGAUGGGGACGGUGGGGAAGGUGGGAAGGGAGGAGUUGAGGAGGGGUGGGGCGAUUUUUGAAACCGGGGUUGGGGUGGGGGGGAGUAAGAGCGCGGGUGUGAAAGGGGGUGGGAUGGGGACGGGAAUGGGGAUGGGAGGGACGGGAAUGGGAGGGGUGGGAGGGGUGGCGAGUACGGGGAUUAAGGUGGCGAAGUUCUCGGCGGGGUUUGGGGGUGGAGGUGGAGGGAGGGGAGGGGCGCCAAGUCUUUCUACCACGUCGCCUGGGGCUGCGUUUUAUUGA